AUGAGUAUCAGAACCAACUCAUUCUCUCCAACAUUCAUACCUAAGAUUAACCCCAAGCAGAGAUUUGAAAAUAAAAUUGAAGACCACAUUCAACAGCUUGGCAUCGCCUACCACUUUGAAAUAGAAAUUGAAGCGGCGCGUGGUGGCAUUUACAGAGGUUUUUCUGCAAAUGGUUCGGAUGACAAUCUCUUAGUUGCUUCUCUAAAAUUUCGACUCCUUAGACAAUAUGGAUAUAAUGUGUCAUCGAAUGUAUUUAACAAAUUCAAGGAUGGCAAUGGGAAUUUCAAACCCAGUUUGAGCGAAGAUGUUAUUGGUAUGUUGAACCUCUAUGAAGGUUCACACCUUCGAAUUCAAGGGGAAGAUAUCAUGGAUGAAGCACUAGGAUUCUGUGUCGAGCAUCUCAGACAGCAUCGCGUAGAACCUAAUAUCACGAAAAUAGUGAGGCACGUCAAGCUUCCAUUACACUUCUGAACCCCAAGGUUAGAGACCAGGCAUUACAUUGAGGUUUACAAAGAAGAUCCUCAGAGGGACCAAGAUUUAUUGGAGUUUGCCCAAAGAGACUUCAAUAUGGUGCAAUCCAUGUAUAAGGGAGAGCUGAAAGAGGUUUCAAGGUUGUGGCGGGAGUUGGAUAUGGAAAAGGAGCUUGCAUUUGCUCGAGAUCAAAUACACCACUGGUUUAUGUGGCCUGUUGCAAUCGUCCCUGAGCCACAGUAUUCAAAAUGCAGAGUUGAUAUGACCAAAGCCAUUUCCUUCAUCUACCUGAUAGACGAUAUCUACGACGUGUACGGAUCCAUGGAUGAACUAGAACUCUUUACCCAAGCAAUUACAAGUGGACCUCAUUAUGCGAAGCCUUUUUAGUUGAAGCAAAAUGGUACCGAUCUGGGCAAGUGCCAAGAGCAAAGAAGUACU